GAGGCGGGGGCGGAGCCGGCGGGCCCGGGCCGGUGGCUCCUCCUCCUCCUCCUCCCGCAGGCGCCGCCGCCGCCUCCCUCCCGGCUCCCGCCCUAGCUGCUGUCCGCCGGCUCGCCCGUACAGCAGCGAUGCCCCGGAGCGUCGACCCCGGUCCCGGUCCCUGACCCGCCGCAUAAUUAGCCUCCGCGCUCCCAGAGCGCGCCGCCGCUAACGCCGCGCCAGACGCAGCGAUGGGCAACACGGUGCACCGGACCCUGCCAGACCCGAGCCCACCGGCGCGCCUCCUGGCCACCCGGCCGUGCUGCGGCCCCGGCCCCGAGCGGCGCCCGGUCCUGGGCGAGGCGCCGCGCUUCCACGCGCAGGCCAAAGGCAAGAACGUGCGGCUGGACGGCCACUCGCGCCGGGCCACGCGGCGCAACAGCUUCUGCAACGGCGUCACGUUCACGCAGCGGCCCAUCCGGCUGUACGAGCAGGUGCGGCUGCGCCUGGUGGCCGUGCGCCCCGGCUGGAGCGGCGCGCUGCGCUUCGGCUUCACUGCGCACGAUCCGUCGCUCAUGAGCGCCCAGGACAUCCCCAAGUACGCCUGCCCCGACCUGGUCACGCGGCCCGGCUACUGGGCUAAGGCGCUGCCCGAAAACCUGGCGCUCCGCGACACGGUGCUGGCCUACUGGGCGGACCGCCACGGCCGCGUGUUCUACAGCGUGAACGACGGCGAGCCGGUGCUUUUCCACUGUGGCGUGGCGGUGGGCGGCCCACUCUGGGCUCUCAUUGACGUCUACGGCAUCACCGACGAGGUGCAGCUCCUGGAGAGCGCCUUCGCCGACACGCUGACGCCCGCGCGCCUCAGCCAGGCCCGCUUCAGCGCCUGCCUGCCACCCAGCAGCCACGACGCGGCCAACUUCGACAACAAUGAGCUGGAGAACAACCAGGUGGUGGCCAAGCUGGGCCACCUGGCCCUGGGCCGCGCCCCUGGUCCCCCACCCGCCGACGCCGCGGCUGCCGCCAUCCCGUGCGGGCCCCGUGAGCGCCCGCGGCCCGCGUCGUCGCCGGCGCUGUUGGAGGCCGACCUGCGCUUCCACGCGACACGCGGGCCCGACGUGAGCCUGUCGGCCGACCGCAAAAUCGCCUGCGCGCCGCGGCCCGACGGCGGCCGCACGCUAGUCUUCUCCGAGCGCCCGCUGCGGCCCGGCGAGAGCCUCUUCGUGGAGGUGGGCCGCCCGGGGCUGGCGGCGCCCGGAGCGCUGGCCUUCGGCAUCACGUCGUGCGACCCGGGCGGGCUGCGGCCCACCGAGCUUCCCGCCGAUCCAGACGCGCUGCUCGACCGCAAGGAGUACUGGGUGGUGGCGCGCGCCGGGCCUGUGCCGAGCGGCGGCGACGCGCUCAGUUUCACGCUGCGGCCCGGCGGCGACGUGCUCUUGGGCGUCAACGGGCGUCCGCGCGGCCGGCUGCUGUGUGUCGACACCACGCAGGCGCUCUGGGCCUUCUUCGCCGUGCGCGGCGGCGUCGCGGGACAACUGCGUCUCCUCGGUACCCUGCAGUCCAGUCCUGCAACCACGACUCCAUCAGGGUCCCUCAGCGGCUCCCAGGACGAUAGUGAUUCAGAUAUGACCUUCAGUGUCAACCAGUCCUCCUCAGCAUCUGAGUCAUCCCUGGUGACGGCCCCCAGCUCCCCACUGAGUCCCCCGGUGUCUCCUGCAUUCUCUCCACCGGAGCCGGCAGGUAUCAAGAAUGGCGAGUGCACAGUGUGCUUCGAUGGCGAGGUGGACACAGUCAUCUACACAUGCGGACACAUGUGCCUGUGCCACAGCUGCGGCCUGAGGCUCAAGCGGCAGGCCCGGGCCUGCUGCCCCAUCUGCCGGCGGCCCAUCAAGGACGUCAUUAAGAUCUACCGGCCAUAGCCUAACCCGCCCACAGGCCUUGGCCAGAGCAAGGUCACCUUUCUGAAGCCCCCCUGGGCUGGGCAACCACAUGGCUGCCAGGGAGUCCAAGGGCAGCGGCCGUUUCUCCAGUGGUGGGCAAGGUGUGACAGUCAUGGAACAAGGUCCCUGGGGCCUGAGCCCAGGCAGGGGUUGCUUCUGGCUCCAAAGUGCUUUGCCCCCAAAAGGCCGUCCCAAGAGCAAGCUCAGGAACUGCCUGGCAGAUCACCCUGUCCCUUGGUGACCUUUCAACUGGGAAACAGCGUCCUCUGUCUGUGCAAUGCUUCUUGCUGGGGUUGGGUUGAGUGUGAGAGAGGGGGAGGGGAGGGAGGGAGGGAGAACAGAGAGAAUGUGUGUGUGAGAGAGAGAAAGAAUGAAUGCAUAGCGAUUUUACCAGGGAUCGUGGCUCCAGGAGUUUACUGACUACCAUGAAAUGUGCAAUCUGGAGCCCUGAGGUUAGCCUGACUAGAAGUUAUUCACUUUCUGAGGAUGGGACAUAGGCUGGUUUUGAAUGUAUGAAGCCUGACUCUAACAGAACUUCCUGGGGUGGUAUGGAAAAGAGAUGCUCAGAUUCUCUAAAGGGAGGCAGAAAUAACUCAUUGUUUACAGCUCCAAAGUGGCAACUCCUUGAGGGGAAGGUGGACAGAGAGCAGAACAUUCACUUCUUCAUUUCUUACUGGGUCUUAGAGCUGGGUGUGAUGGGUGCUGAGGCCGAGCCCUCUGGGCUGGGUCAUCUUUUCACCCCUUCACCCCUAGAUGGUCUAACAAUACACCAUCACACUUUGUCUCUGUCUCUGGAGGCUUUUCAUCUCUGUAAUGCCCCUCCCCAUCUCCAAGGAGAAGACCAGCAGCAGGUUCUGUUCUACUGUGGGAGAGAAAGAAUCCUAGAGGUAGGUGACCCACCUGGAGCUGGAAUGCAGACAGCUCUCCACCUUCCUGCGGUGGCAUUCCCAGGGGACCUGCUGGGAGGAACCAGGGCUUUAUAACUGGUUCUUGUUCUGAUUCUCAGUUUAUCUUCCUCCGCUGUUUACUGAAGUGUUCACUGAUAAGUAUGUUAACUAAUGAUUGAGACAAUAACUAAAAAAUGCUGUUGGGAUUCUUCCCCUUCCCAGACCUACCUGCUGGUAUUUCUAGGACCCUGGCCCUGCUCCACCCCCUCACCCCUUCCCAUCUCUGCAGACUCCUAGAUCACACCUGGGCUGAUGGGCUGUCCCAGGCCUGUCCCUCCCUUCCUGCUCCCAAUUCUGGGCUCCACUUCUGCCCUCUUCUGUGCUGUACCAUUAGGGAAGUCCCUUGGCCUGUCUAUUUUUCAUUUCCCAAUUAGAAGUCUAGAACCUGACAACUCCAAGAGUUCUUGGGAGGACCAGCACAAUGUUCUAAAAAGCCUGAGACGCCUUGCAAAAAGCAAGUAGCAUUUGUAUUACAAUUCCUAAUCUGUUCAUAUCCUGCUGAAGGAGGGAAGGAGGGAGAGGAGACAGGGGAGUUUAUGUAUUCAUAUAACAAACACUUGCUGGAUGUCUGGGUGUCCAGAGCAAAGCUUGGCCAGGCCCUCAUUAGAUCAAGUCCCCUAGACCAGCUGGUGCCAAUGCGAUGCGGGCAGUUUGGGGCCUCCUGUUCCUCUUCUAGCUGGGAAUAGUCACGGUUGUCCGACCUGAUUCCAACUUAAGGCCCCCACUCUCUUGCCCCAUCAAGAACCCUUGAUUAUUUACUUUUCCCUAGAAAACUUGAGGGAAAUGCCCCCAUUUUAAUUUUGCAGCAGAAUCUUUUGAGCAGCUUUGGAACCACAGUCUUUGCCAAGAUAAGAUAAGAGUUUGACAAUCCAGGCAGCCUUGGGUGCCCGACUGAAUUUGGUUUCCUGCAGGUGCUGGGUGUGGGUGGGGCCAUGCACAGGCCCUGCAUGGGAGGACUCCUCAGCCCAGGCCUGUGAUGCUCCAGGCAACCGUCCUCUGACUACACUGAGACCCAGCCACAAGCUGUGGAUCUCAGUGGCCUGGGAGAAAGCAGCUCCACUCUCCUGCCCUUCCUAGCUGACUGCUUGGGUUCCAGCCAGGUCAUAUCCAGCCUCCACUGGGAAACCAGUGACUGAGGCCUGGACCCAGGGGUGGACCAGGCAUCUCCUGGUGACCUGUGACCUGGGAAGAAGGGAGUCAAUGGCCCGUUGAACCUGCUCUGCAGCUGCUAUAAAUAGCCUCCCUGUUUCCAAGAGGAGGCAAGGUGGGUGUUUAUCUUCUAAAAACCAGACAUUUCCUGGUUUCCUGAUGCUCUAAGCAUUAUUCAGUGCUACAGAGGAGAUGCACACAUUCCCAUUAUGUUCUGUCUUGAGAAGGGGACAAGAGAAAGAGGAAAAAGAGCCACUAUUUUUUAUUUUGCACCUACAGUGUGCCUUGGCACUGGGCUAGACAGGCGCCUUCAUGUGUUAAUCUUGUGAGGCAGGUCUUAUUGCCAUAACAAGUCACAUCUAAGACACUGUCCUCAUAAAACACGCUGUUUUAUGAACCAUAAGAAAAAAACGCUGCCAAUCUUAACCAUAAGAUGCUACAACUAUACAGUUCCUCCAAUCAGAGAUGUUCAAGUGUGAAAAAAAAAAACUCUGCUACUUAUUAUCUAUGGAAACUAGGAUUAUCCCACUUGGCAGGUAAGGAAACUGAGGUCCUGUGAGUGAAGUGACCCCAUGAUCACACAAUGGGAGGUGAAGGGCUGGGAUUCAAAUCCAGGAGUGUCUGGUGCCACAUCCCACACUCCCGCUGCCUGGCCCUGAGUUCCAGGAAACUCGAGACAGUGAGUUUUCUCUCUUGAAACUCAUCUGGAGAGAGUCCGGGCAUUGGUGCCUGUGUAGAGGGUUCCAUCCCCAGCCAGGGACCCUCUGCUGCCCACACCCUGGGAGGAGAAGAGCCUCCCUUCCAGGCUCAUCUGCUCAUUGCCCACCUUCUCCCAGCAGAGCCAAGCUCUGAGAUCUGGGCUCCAACCCAAGGGUCCUCUGUUGUUAUGCAGGGGUGUCCACAGGCGGCAACUUUGGGGAAGGACCCAGGGCCUUGUCCCUCAGGGUCGCUUCUUGGGCCCCACGAUCACCACCCCCUCAAUCAGGGCCCCUGAGCCCCCCCUCAUGUGACCCAGCCCUCAGAUGUCCCAGGCUCACUGCCCAUCGUGUGCUCUUCUGGGCCACAGCAGCCAGGGCUCCAGGGCUAGGACAGGGGAGACCAAAAAAUGCCCCACAGUUGUGGUCUUGUGCCUGUUCAUUCGGAGCCUCCUGAAAAACUGGGCUGUUUCCAAGGCAAAUCCAGCUCCUUGUCCUAGCAGGUUCUCAGAAUGGGGAGUCCCCUGGGAUUGAGCUGCUCCCCUCACAGCAGCAUGGUUUCCAGUCCCGUGAUGCCCACUACUCAGCAUGGACUGUGUUCUGGACACAGAGUGAACUUUUCUCUGAUCCCCUGGUGCUGGUCCUGUGCUAACACGUAGUAGGUACUCAGUUAAGGUUUUCUGAGUAAACCAGAAAUCAGAUUAUGAGUGUUUAGGAGUUUGGUAAAACAGCACCACGUACUCACACAAAGACCCUCAACAAACAUUUGCGGAGUACCUAAUAGUGGUGAGGUGCUGUGAAGAUAGAGCAGAGAGGACUGUGCCCCAGCAGGGGUGACACUAAGGAAUGAGAUAUUCGGGGCAGGCUCCACUGGGCUCUCUUGGCCAUCUGUUGCCUUGCUUCCAUUGAGGUUGGUGCCCAAAGGCUGCCUUCUUGACCAGAACCCCCUGCGUGCUUCACAGAACCUCCUCUGCAUUAGAAAUGCUAGGCACAUUGCCAAAACAGCCUUAGGCAGAACCCCGGAGGCCCCACGGGUUGGUGAUCCCCGUCAGGUCCUGCCAGGGAGACACAGCGGGGAAGUUGGCUACCUGCUGCUUUCAGGCCCUGGAAAUCAGUCACCAAGGCCCAGGAGAGCCCCCGUGAGUCCGUCCAGUUGAGGCAGAGAGGUAAUAACCUCCCACUGCUCGGCCUUGCUCCUGUCCCUGUCCUGGGAGGGGCAUCGGCUCAGGAGCACGCAGCCCCCUGGCAUUUCUUGGUAUUUAACUGUCUCGCUGUCUUAUCCAAGUCCCUAAUGAAAUGACUUGUGCGACAAUCUGUCUGUGCCUUACGAAAGUGUCUGUGCACUUUUUAUCCUUUUUAAAGCAACUUUUAAAAGUGGAUGGGGAGGAGGCUAGCAUACAUGAUAGGGUUCUAGAAAUCUAUGAUAAUCACUGAAAUCCUUUCUGCAUCAUGUUUUUGAUGUUGGAGUAAUAAAGUGUACAUCCCCCACCCCAAACACCACUACCUGUGUACAGACCUUUUCAAAUACGUCUUCUUUUUCUGAUUCAAUACUGUGACCUCUCCAAUGCAGUCUCAUCCUUGGGGAUCUGUAAUCAAGGUUUUAAAACCUGGGGGAGUGGGUUGGGAAGGGUUUGCACUGGUCUUGUGUGUUGUGCUUUUCUGUGUUGUGUGUUUUGAUUUUUGUCUGUUUUUAUCUGUUUUAUAUUGACAUAAUUUUCCUGUUUAAAAUACAACUUUGGCUUGUUAAAAA